UGCAGAGGCCGGGGCGGUGGCGUGCAGGGGAGGUCGCCGGGGCUGGCGCGCCAUCCAGCUCCGUGCUGCUCCCUUGCGCAAGGCCAGCUCCAGAAAAGGAACAGCCCUCAGGACUUGGCAAAAAGGGCCACUUAAGUUUUCUUCCCGGUAAAUAUUCAGAACAUCUGCUAAGGCCCUCGAGACUUGGCGCACCCCAGUCAAGAGUUGGGGUCAAGGAGGCGGCUGCUGUGAGGACCGCUCUGAGGGGGACGCCAGGGCCUCGGGAUGGCCCCUAUGAAGAGGAAGUGCAUCUGCGAGCUGUGCUCCUGCGGGCGGCAUCACUGUCCACAUCUCCCUACCAAGAUUUAUGAUAAAACAGACAAACCAUGUCUUUUCUCCGAAUACACUGAGAACUACCCUCUCUAUCACUCCUACCUGCCCAGAGAGUCCUUCAAGCCCAGGAUGGAGUACCGGAAAGGGUCCAUACCAAUGGAAGGCCUGACCACAGCAAGGAGAGAUUUUGGGCCUCACAAAGUGGUACCAGUGAAGCUCUACCAGCACAAGCAGUUUGUCCCAAGUGAAGAGAAUAUGGAUUUGCUCACAACAUACAAACAAGAUUACAACCCCUAUCCUGUCUGUCGCACGGACCCCAUCAAACCUCGGGACAGUAAAUAUCCAUGUGGCAACAAGAUGGAGUGUUUGCCUACUUAUAAAGCUGAUUAUUUACCUUGGAACCAACCGAGACGAGAACUGCUUCGUCCAGAAUACAAGUACCGGCCAGCAUCAACCCGGUUUGAUAGUAGAACCACACACCAGGAUGACUACCCCAUAAAGGGCCUUGUGAACACCAUGAGCUGUAAACCUCCACCGGUACCAAAGCUCUGUAACAUCCCCUUGGAGGAUCUGACUAACUACAAGAUGAACUAUGUGGCCCACCCUGUGGAGAAGCGCUUUGUGCAUGAGGCAGAGAAGUUCAGGCCCUGUGAAAUCCCCUUUGAGAGCCUCACCACCCACAAAGAGUCCUACCGGGGCCUGAUGGGGGCGCCUGCCAGGAGCUUGAAACCUCCAGCCAGGCCCCCUGGGCUAGACAUGCCUUUCUCUAACACCACCGAGUUUCGAGAUAAGUACCAAGCUUGGCCAACACCCCAGAUGUUCUCCAAAACUCCCAUCGCCUAUGUCCCUCCCGAACAGAAGAUGGAUCUUCUGACAACAGUGCAGUCCCAUUACAUGUACCCUAAGGGUGCCCCGGCUCAGUCCUGCCGACCGGUGCUCCCGAUUAAGAAGAGCAGCCGCUUCGAGAGCUCCACCACCACCAAGGAUGACUACAAGCAGUGGGCCAGCAUGCGCACGGAGCUAGUCAAGCCCGUUCCCCACCUGAACCUUCCCACGGAGCCCUUGGACUGCCUGACCACCACUCGGGCCCACUAUGUGCCCCACCCACCCAGCAAUACCAAAAGCUGUAAGCCCCCCUGGUCCGGCCCUCGAGGAAAUAUCCCUGUGGAGGGCCAGACCACCUACGCCAUCAGCUUUACUCCCAAGGAAAUGGGCAGGUGCCCAGCUUCAUACCCUGAGCCCCCUGGCUACACCUUUGAGGAAGUGGAUCCUUUUGGACACAAGAUGUACAGGCCGGUUUCCCUGGCAGGCUCUCAGCAGAGCAGCCGUCUUUCUGUGGGUGAUUUGGGAAACCCCAAUCAGAGGGAAUUGUCAGUGUCAGUCUGAAUUCGAAAAAUGGUUAUUUAGAAAUUGCACUAUACUUUUAAAAAGCAGACGAUUAAGAAUUAUUCAUUGGAGAAAAAAAGAAUUCCUCAAAAUGAAAAAAUUCUUCGUCCCCAUUUUCAGGACACAAGAAUAAAACGAGAAUCACUU